AUGCCCAAGAAGACUCUCGAGAGACCGUUGAGUGGAGAUGAUGACUACAUUCGAAGAUGGCUUGCACAGAUUGAAAUUAGCAACGCAGCUCGGCAAGCCACCUCCAACCAAGACAAGGACAGACUAGCACAGGCAGACUUUGGCCCUGGCGUUGCCGCUCAUAUACCGCAAGACGUCCUUGGACCGAGUCGAGGCAAAAGGAGGCACAACUCGUCUUCAGAUAGCUCGCUUCUGGAAGUUACAGUCCGACCUAAGUCGCAUCACUUGAAGAGGAAUGACCCUAGUCCUCCCACUCCUCGAAAGAAACAGAGAAUUGACUCGUCAGAUUCGGGAGUCUCCAUUCAGGCUGCCUCGCUAAUUGCACCUAGAGAGACCUUCGAGAAGAGGCCGCGCUAUAAGACACGUGAAGACCGAUAUGAGCCAAAGAAAGAAAAGCGAUCCAGGAAGAAUGACGAGAACAAGGCAACGACGAAGAAGCGUGAGAAGAAGGGAGAUCGCAGAAAGGCUGCCAAGAGAGCAGGCGAGGAUUUGAUGCAGAAUUUUAGCUCGAACAGAAUUGGCCAGGAGAGGCUGACAAUGCGUCCUUCCCACGGUCCAGGCCUAUAUAACAACGGCCGAGCCUCAUCUCCAGCAAAGCGUCGAGGGUUGCCUGAUCUCGCCUUUUCUGAGAUGGCAUUCCUGCAACGUUCGCUUGAGAAGGGGCCUUCCGAGAAAGACACCAAGUUCAAGUCAAAAUCACGGGAGAAAGAGAAACGACAUGUCACCAGAGCACAGGAAGAAAUAUCCACAUUCUUCAGGCCAAAUCGGAUCCCACUUCAGGAGAUUUCGUCGAAUCAAGUUGGUCUGUCCUCACUCGAAAUCAAGAACGAUCAUUCCAUAUACAACAAACAAUUAGAUCCAGAGCGAGGCAUAAAGAGCUACAUCCGCUCUGAUUCAUCUGAUAUCCCAUUUGAGCCGAUGGAGAGUUCCGGACGACCAGGCCCAUCCUCGGAAGGAGACUAUGGACCCAUAAUUCAUCCACCAGCUAUCAGUCACUCGAUGAAACCUCCUGAAUCCACGAGCAGUAAAGCUACGACGUACGUAUCAUGGUCGGAGAGCCGGUAUUCUCCGGCUCUCACAUCAGGUCGAAGUAUUGUUGACCACGUACCUGCAAGUCCUACCCCUGAUUCAAUGCGGAGGUCUAUUGAAAAUACCGGAAUUUUCAAAGACACUGGUAUACAGAGAACCUCUGGUGCAAGACACACAGAGCCACAUCCUCCCUCUGGUAUGUUUCAAAACCCGCAAUCAAGAGACCCAGCCCAGGGACCAAAGAGUCUGGCCGAAUGUAGUGGUACCAAUGCUUCUAAAACAACUGUUCCAUCAGAGACUGGAAUAGACAGGUCUGAAGCCGGCCUCCACAGUCAAGAGGAUCUAUUUCUUCCCAGAUAUAGAGGUGAAUAUCAAGACCAGCCAGAGGAACACCUUUCGCGUGACUGGAACGAAAUGACGGACCAGACGGCAACGAGUCGGCAACGUGUUAUUGUCGAGCACUUCGAUCCGCGAUUAGGAUGGCUUGAGGAUCCAAAUUCCAUCAGUCGCAGUCAACAAACCUCUGCCGCAGCAAUGAGAAAGGCGACGCCCCAUAAAUCCGAGCCAACUCCCGUUAGCCGAGAUGAGACGGCGAAGCACGCCCGUAUCAAGCUUCCAAAGCCAAUAUCAACGGGUAUGCCUAUCGUUGGUGGCACAGAAAGCCAGGAGGAAAAGCUCAUUGGACUUAAGAUUUGGAGUAGUAGCGGAUCGAACUUCGUUUCGAAUACUGAUGGUCGGAUCACCGAAGACCAACCAGAAGAUGCAAUUAGCAGGACGAUUUCUAAUGGAGCCCACGUCAUGUCCACUAAGGACGCGCCAGGUCUAUGUGUUCCAGUUGCACAAGGCACUGGUGAUGAACAGUCAACGGGGCAUCUUGUCGAAAACAAACAGCCAGAACGACUACCCGAUGAUAUACUUUCGGGGGGAAAUAGUCGUGCAAUAUUUGAUGACGGACGACGUUCUUAUGGACUUCUGCAAUCACAUACACACCUAAGUCCCCAGCCCGUAGGACAGAUGGCCUCGGGAAGUGUCCAAGAAGGAGACAAUCCAGUGCAUCGUAGGAAGUCUUGGCUCAACGACAUCCAUGCAACAGCGUCUUUUCGGCCCAGGCACCUGUCACCCAUUCUCGAGGUAGAGUCACUCUACGUUCAACAGAUGGAACGACAGCAUGGGCUCAGUGAUCUCACUCAUUGUGAUGAACCAACUUCUCGACUGACCGAGAGAUUCGAGGCCCCCAUGGAUACCAUGAUAGAUCCUUCUGUUGAAGAUCGCCAGGAUCAAGAUCAGCAGUACUUAGAGCCCAACGGGGACAGUCCUUUGGAUCACGAUCCUACGGCGUACCAAUCUUACGAGAAUAUCGACCUUGGGGACUACCAUGCGGAUGCUGAGCACUCUGACCAGUUUGGAGCCUGGGGUACACAGUCGCAGGGUUCUGAUGGAGGAUUUGCUGGCCAUGGCUUAUUUGAGGAUCAAGGGCCAUAUGGGAACGGCCCAGGGGCAGAAGUAUUCUACGCAGAACAAGGAGUGAAUGAUACCAACAACCAGAUGUACUACGCUAGUAAUUAUAGGGGUUAUGGAACACAGCCAGAAGCUCCUGGCACUGGCUUUUGGCAGCCUCGUCGUCAAUAUUGA